AUGGCAACAUCGAGCAGCAAGAAGAUGAACAACCUCCGCAAAUUGUUGUCGUCGAAACCAGACAAGACCGUUUUACGGACAUACCUUAAUAACGACAGCGCCAACCUCCUCGAUGAUGCAGUUGUCGUCAACGUACACCGUGCCUGGACAAUCCAUGCACCCUACAGCCUCACAGAUCUCGGCAUCACCACCUACAGCCGCAAGAACGGUAGCCACAGCUCCGCAACCUCGCCCGGUCCUCAAGCCGAGAACAUCCUCAACAGAAUCUGGUCGCUGCAUCUCCGGAUUCGCAGCCAUGCCCAUCUACCCACCACCAAUGGCCAUGCCCAAGCCUUCCACUUCGGUACCACGGUUUACGUGACGAAAGAGGAGGCCCUCGACCUACUCCACCAAAUCUGGCAUCAGCCCUCGGGUGAAGCAGACGGCCUGAGGCCCAUCAUCUACAUGUAUUUCGGCAACAACGACGGCCUGGGCAAGAUGAGGAAAGCGCAAUUCGACUUUGAUCCGUCGAGCUUGCCGACUACGAUUGCGACGCUGGAUGCCCAGAUCAUCCCGGCACAAGCACACAUCACGCGGCACAGUGAUGCUGCGCUGGAAUAUCUGAUGCUACAAUUCAAAAUCAAGACGUUUCAUGUGGAGAAUGCGGGAAACGCUGCCAUGUAUGCCACGGUUGUUGCUAUCCUUGCCUCCCUGCGCCAGGAGCUGUAUGCGUCGGCGCAGAAUCCGCGAGCGCAAGUCGGGCAGAAAGGGAUGUCGAGCUCCAAGUCGGCGUCGAGGGUGAUGCAGGGGUUGAUGGAGGGCCCGACGCCGCCGCCGCCGUUUGGCGUGACGAGGUAUUGCUGGCGAUGUGGAAGCGGGAUGCAUGAGUAUGUCGAGUGUUCGGCGUAUGAUUUGGCUUGUGGAAAGUGUGAGAAAUCGGUGCUGGCUUGGAGGCGAGAGAAUGCGGGAUCGCAUUCUCAUGGAUCUUACCUACACAUCCUCCUCCUCUUGCUUGAUCCUGACAACGACUUUCCCCUUCGCCCGUCCCGUCUUCAGCCUCUCAAAAGCCUUCGGCACAUCCUCCCACUCAAACAACGUAUCCGUCACACCCUUCACUUUGCCUUCUGCCAUCCACCCCGCAAGAACCUCCAUAUGCUGCUGAUUCGGACUCGCAAACAGCAUCUGGAAGCUAUUCCGGCCACCCCCAAGCACCCUCGGCAGCACCAUACUACUCGUAAUCUGCCUCAUGCCCCCCAGACUAAGAUCCGCACCGACCUGGACAAAUUUCUCCCCAGGAAUAAGGAACUUGUCAGACGCUUUAUACAAGCCCGGCGGCGUACCGACAUUGUCCACCACGAGUUUGAACACGGCACCCUUGGCACACAGCGCGUUUACCACAUCCACACUCGUGUAAUCCAGGACUUCAUCUGCACCCAGACCCCUCACAAACUCCAUGUUCCCCGUCGAACAAGUCGCCGUAACAUGACAACCCAAAGCCUUUGCAAUCUGCACCCCCACGGCCCCCGUACCCCCACUACCCCCAUUGAUAAACACCUUGUCCCCCGCCCCGGCAUCGACAUUAGGAACAAUUGCCUGAUACUCUGUCAACCCAGCAAUCCCCAUCCCAGCCACACUCUGCAUAUUCACGCCUGCAGGUACCUUGGCAAGCAUAUGUCGCGGCACAGCAACAUACUGAGCCAGACUGCCCGCUGCAAAGGACCCGACUUUUGCACCGAAGACGGCGUCGCCGGGGGCGAGGUCGGUUACGGAUGCGCCGAUGGCUACGACGGUGCCGCUGAAGUCUGCGCAGGGGAUGAGGUUGGUGCCGAGGAGGCGGAGGGGGAGGGGGCCUUCUGGGACUUUGUAGUCUACGGGGUUGAGGGCGGCGAAGUGAGUUUUUAUGAGGACGGAGGUGGGCGGGAUGGUGGGAGUGGGGUGGGAGGGGUUGAGGUGGAGGUUUGCUGA